GAUUGCUUUCAUACGGAGCCGCCAUCAUUCAAGGUCAUCAACCUUCAAUCCUUGUAUUAAUCAGACGAUAUAUCCCCCCCAUUGACCCAGUUGAACGAUAUUCUACGCCACCUCCCCACGGUCAAAAAGCAUAACCAACAGCGCAAUGGAACAAGACUUAGGCGGCAAGGGCCAGCCGGCAGCUUCUAUCAUAUCCAUGAACAACGAAACACCUCUACGACCGGGCACACCCAACACAGAUAGAAAUCCCUUUGGAGAUGAUCGUCUCUCAACCCAGCAACCAACUGGUGCCAAUCCUUUCUCAUCACCUUCUAUCUCCCGUCCCGCCUCAAGCUUUGGCAGCUCUAGUGCCCUUGGUAGCCAACCAAGAGGCCAGCGCUAUUUCCACUCGCGAAGAGUGAAGAAGGACGAAGUCGAGAAGCCAUGGUUGGAUAAGGCGGAUCCCAAAGAGAAAUGGGUUACUAUCUUGCCCAUUCUCGGUAUAUUUGUGGGAUUGGCGAUUUCAGGCAUUCUUAUCUGGGAUGGUCUCCGCAGCGUGGUCAAGCACAAGUACUGCCUUGUCCUCGAGGACACCUUCCAGACUUUCAACACCGAUGUAUGGACUAAAGAAGUCCAAGUCGGCGGCUUUGGCAAUGGUGAAUUCGUACAGACUACUGCUGGUGACGAGAACGUCUACGUUGAGAAUGGACAUCUCUUCAUUAAGCCUACUCUCCAGGACGCAUCUCUGGUCAACAAGGAUAACGUCAUCAACCUCUUGAAGGACGGCAGCUGUACCUCGAAGGCUUGGUCUGACUGUGUUGCUGCAACCAACACAACUGCCGGCAACUCGACCAUCGUACCACCCACUCGAUCAGGCCGCAUCAACACCAAGAAGGGCGCCACUAUUAAAUACGGUCGCGUCGAGGUCACUGCUAAGCUUCCCGAGGGUGAUUGGCUCUGGCCCGCUAUCUGGAUGUUGCCUGUUGAUGAAACCUACGGACCUUGGCCUCUUAGUGGAGAGAUUGAUAUCAUGGAGAGCCGUGGAAACAACCGCUCAUAUGGUCAAGGAGGUAACAACAUCGUGUCGUCCGCUCUGCACUGGGGUCCUGAUGUCGCCAAUGAUGCAUGGUGGCGAACCAAUGUCAAGCGAGAGGCUCUACACACUACAUACUCGGCUGGCUUCAACACCUUCGGACUUGAAUGGUCUCAGAAGUACCUCUUCACCUACGUCAACUCUCGCCUCCUUCAGGUCUUGUACACCAACUUCAACGAGCCUCUCUGGGAACGGGGUAACUUCCCUGCUGCUAACAGCAACGGCACCCGACUUGAGGAUGUUUGGUCGCAGACUGGACGCUACAACACUCCCUUCGACCAGAAGUUCUACCUAAUCCUCAAUGUCGCUGUCGGAGGCACCAAUGGAUGGUUCGAGGAUUCCAAGAGCAACAAGCCUUGGCUCGACGGCAGUGCCAAUGCUAAGAAGGACUUUUGGAAUGCCCAGGACAGCUGGCUCCCCACCUGGAAGAACCCUGCCUUGGAAGUCAAGAAGGUCGCCAUGUGGCAGCAGUGCGACGGCAACGAAGAGUUGUAAAAAAAAUAUUAGACGACUUUACCUACUACUGAUGUCAGGGAUUUGGGUUGGGUCACAUUGGCGUUUCUUUGAUUUACGAUAUCACAUGGGAGUAAUGGUUUGAGGCGAAUAGAUGGUCUAUUGCUUAUUGAGGAGUCCUUGGUUAUCACAUAAAUCUUAGUAUAUAAUGUUUGGACAUGUUUGGGUCAGGUUCAUAUCUGAAACAUGUUUUUGAGGAGAUAGAUAGACUACGGCAAUAUCUGAGACGCAAUACAUAAUGAUGUUGAUACCCCUGCAAUUCGCAGCUUACAUUAAUCUAUUGAGCUCUGUGUUAGCUAUUCCAUCAAAAGUUUAGUUCAAGCCACUGCCGAGAAGUAAGACCACAGUCUGGUGUCUUAUUACAGAACUAGUGGUGAAAGCUGAGAAGUCACGAAUUUAGACGCGCAAGGGAGUGAAAAAGGAGGAAAGCCCAAUGCCCAAAGCCCAAAGAUCUCAUUAGAACAGGUAGUUCCACCGAGGAUUAUUGGCAGUUUAUUGCGAAGGCGUCAGCUAUCUUUUAAUCGAGGUGUGCUGAGUCUAGCCUCGUAGCGAGGGAGAGGGGUAGGAAAUAAAAAUAAUAAAAAAUUAACACGUAGCUGAGCUAACGGUCUGAAACGCCCGCACACCUCGUAUCAACAGCUCCAAGCAAU